AUGUCUCACAACCUCUUUACCAAAGCGCCCACUUUGCGCGCCGCACUGCGCCGAGCGCAACCACAGCUUCAAACCGCGAGCUACCACUCCACGAGCUCCCCCAAGAUGCCCUCCGGCCACCAACACCUCCGCACUCUAAUCCGCCAAACCACCCUUCGCGCAAGCACAACAACCCUCCAACGCACCUCCUACCCCGUCUCCCAACACUUCCACACCGCGCCCCCGCGCUCCCGCACCCCCAGUCCCCCACCGCCCUACCAAACCCGCGGCCUAACCCUGUGCGCCCCAACCGACCACUGCUCCAUCCGCACAUUCACAUCCACCCGCCCCGUAAAACUCGCCUCGGAAGCCCCCGCAGGCUCGUCAAUACCGCCCGAAACGCAGGCCCAGAUCGACGCGGUGAUUGAGCAGAUCAGCGACAUGUACGGGACGGCGAAGGACGAGUUUGAAAUCGCGAGCGAGGAGAGUGAGAAGAAUACAACGUAUGCGCCGGACGAUCGCGCGGCGGCCAGGGAGGAACUCGAUCGGCUGGUGGAGUAUUAUAAUGGCGUGUUGCAGGGGGACCGGGUUGUUGCGGAGGAGGUGAAGAGGAGGGUGGGUGGGAGGAUUAGGGAGUUGGUUGCGGGCGUGGAGAGGAUGGAGGAGGAGGCUAUGCAUGGGGAUUGA